AUGGAUGAACCUGGCUUAGCAUGGCCCUCCUGGAAGUUCGGCAUGAAGAGGGAUGACCUCUUCACCACCCUCCAGGACCAGUACAAUACCAUUCCCUCUUCCAUCCAGGACCCCGAGGCCUUCCACCACGACGUCUACGAGAUCUCCCACGAGGCUUCCUCCCCCGAUGAGUUCCACCGCCUGAUGGCCGAGCGCAAGGAGCAGCGCAUCCGUGAGCUCAACGAUUCGCUCGAAUCUGCCGCUCUCGAGAUCAUCGCCAACCCUUCUCUCAUCGGCACCGAGCAAUGGCAACAUGCUGUCCAGCUCUUCCGAACCAAGUCUCUCGACUCGCUCGUCCGCUACUUCUCCUCCUACCUUCCUCUGAACCACCCUUGGCACCGGCCAGACGAGCCUUCCUUGUUUGACGACGGCGAGAAGGCCCUGACUCGCGAGCCCCUCUCCAUUUCCACCUGCGUCUCCUCCCAUCUUCCUCCCUCUCCGCGCUCGAUGACCAUGUACUCUGAUUCUUCGGCUGCCUCUCCAAUUGAGCGUGAUGCUCAUGAAGACCAUCCUUAUCUUGAGCACCUCUCCCCGGUCACGAGUGCAUCCUUCUCCGAGUCUGAACCCGACCAUUUCCACCCCGCCGACAUAUACCAUCUUCGUGACGACGAAGGGUUCUCCCAACUGGCCGUGCAGGCCGGCGCGGAGACACCCGACUCGUCCAUCUCUGACGCAUCAGAGACUCACCAGAAGGAGUUUCUGGCCCUCGCCGACGAUGAUCACAAUACUGCAGACAAGGAGUCGCAGCAAGAAUCCGUCGACGAGACGACGCCCGAAAACAUGGAGUCGGACACGCCCACACCCAAGCCAGAGUUCUCUGCCUUGUCAUUCUUCGAAGCGAAGCCUUCGCCGCUUUCAUCCUCCAUACGACACCGGAGCUUGUCGCCAUCAAGGCUGCAUCCUCUCUCUACGCACCCCAUCGCCGAUUGUCGACGGUCGCGAUCACCGCGCAAGAAGCGCCGAGAUCACAGCCCUGUCGGUAGAGGCAGGAGGGUACUUGGACAGGUGUCCAGCACCCGUAUACAAAAGUCAGUACCCGACGCCGUCCCCUCGAGGACGAGGGGGCGUCAGCGCGUCGAUCGUGAUGAGGCUGGCCGGAGCUAG